GCUUGAGCGCAGUUUACCCAGAGUACACCGGGAAACGGGCAGAGGAACAUGGCGCAGGGUCGACGAGGAGGACGCUGAACAAUUGAGGAUUACAUUCCGUGGAUAUUUCGGAGAUCAUGCUGAAAUCCUAAAAUGAGAAUGUGAAAUGGUUUCACUCCCGAAAUCUUGGAUAUCUACCACUGCCCCUUUGAUGAAUAAUAGGAAAACGCCUCUCAGGAAUACCUGCAAUUGCAUUCAUAAACAUUUUUUUAGGACUUACAAACCCUGAGCAUUGUUUUUUAUUCACAAACGUCACAUUUUCAUCUAAAUAUUACAUGGGAAAAUGGCUGAGAGAAAUAAAAUGAUUAUAGAGGUCCCACAAGGAGUUGAUAGACUUCGAGUGGAGCAUAAAAAGGUGGUGCAAGGCUGUGAAGGUCAGAUCCAGCACUGGGCGAAGGUAAAGGGUGACUAUGAAACCCUCGAGGAUCGACUCAAAACUCUUCCAGAUCAGGUGUCCUAUGACAUCAUGGUGCCAUUUGGCCCUCUGGCCUUCAUGGCUGGGAAGCUGGUCCAUACCAAUGAGAUCACCGUGCUGCUGGGGGACAACUGGUUUGCAAAGUGCUCUGCCAAGCAGGCCCAGAAGCUCGUGGAGCACAGGAAGAAACAUGUAAAUAGUGCGCUGGAUGACUUGCACAAGACGAGGAAGGACUUUGAAGCCAGAGUUGGGUUUACAGAGGAUCUAGAAAAACUCUCAGGCGCUAAAGGGGACUAUGUGGACAUCAGAGAAGAGGUUGGAAGUAUUGAAGAAAUGGUCAGCAAAGGAAAGCUGCGUGUGGCUCUUGAGCCCCACUCUAAGCCCAAGAUGGAGGCUGUUGUGAAGAUAGAGGAGGAGGAGGACGAAGAGGGCAGUGGAGAGGGAGAUGGAGGGAGCAGGAGAAGAGUGCUGUCCGAGGAGGAGCUAUGGGCCAGACUGGAUGAGCUGGAAGCGCAGGAGGAGCAGGAAGAGGAGCAUCACCGACGGUUUGACAGUGCAGACACCAAUGGCAACGAUGACACAACAUCCUCUGAGGAAGAGAAGGAGGGAGAUAGCGGCAGCCAUCAUCGUGUCAAUGGACAUGAUGAGAGGAGCAAAGGCAGGGCGUUUGUGCCUUACAACGGCAGCCAACUCAACAGUACAGCUCAGUCAACCAGGGAGGGGGAGGAGGAGGAAGAUGAAGCAGAGGAGGAGGAAGGCGACUGUUUGCCUACCAUCUAUUUCUCUCAUACGGUGGAACCUAAGAAGGUGAGGAUAAACACAGGGAAGAACACCAUGUUGAAGUUCAGUGAGCUGAAAGAACAGAAGCAGCAAGCCAAGAGGAAAAAGAAGAACGGCACCAGCAACGGUCACUCUCACCACGGGCUCCACAACAUCACUACGCCCACAGACCUCUACAGGUUGUUUGUGGAUGUGAAGAACGGCGAGCCUAUCCCCAGAAAGUCAAUCCUGAAGUCCCGGAGCAGAGAGAGCAGUGUGUGUAGUGACACCAGCGAGAGCAGCGCUGCCGACUUCGAGGAGCGGCGGACGUUUGGACGCACUCUGAGCCAUGACGAGAACACAUACAGCGACACCAGUGACGGCAUCACGGAGGAGGACAGCCCCACCGGGGUCCUCCUACAUCCCACCAGCAGCUUUCAGGCCUUUUCAGGCACGGUGGUUGAGAAGGAGCCCAUUCCCUUGUCGACCCCCCAAUUCACCAUUGCUCUGCCAGUGCUGCCCACCAUCCCAGAGAGGAAACUGGAGGAGGUGGCCCCCGAGGCCCCCCAAGAGGCCCCAAAGAGGGUGUCCAAGUUCAAAACUGCCCGGCUGAAGCAGAAGUGACCCAGAAGAGCCAGUCUCCAGGAUCCACACUACGGGCUCCUUUUUUAACAUUGAUUUUCUAUGCCAACACUUUUUUGAGUUGGACAGACCGUGAACCCACCCUAUGAUCUGCCAUCCCUCUUCUUUUUUUGGCAUCACUCUUCAAGCCUCUCUUCUUCUCUUUCAUAAUGCUUUUCCUGUUAGUACACAUUGCAAUAUAAACAAUUUGCCUAACUUUGUUUCUCAACAAAGCAUAACUUUGUUGAGAAAGCAACCCAACACUCUCACGCUUAACCAUUUACCUGCCUUGUAUAAUGGAACAUCAAGCUUUUUAGCAAAUAACCCCAUUAUUUAUGAAUUAGUACUUCACCGCAAUAUGUUUUUAAGUAAAGAGGUCGUUUAUUUAGAGCCCUCAUCCUCCAACAUUAUGGCCCUACAUUAGUCAACACUGCCUAGGUGCACAUUUUAUGGUGGUUGAUCUUGUGUCAGUGUCUUGACUAUACUCUGACAAAGCCAGUAGUUUACAACUCUAUUCAUUGUUUGAUCCAUGAUUUUGCCUGCUAUGCUAAGACGACAUACUCUGCAUCUCUUGCCUUUUCUACGACAGGGUCAGAUGUCAACUUCCCUUUAUUUCCUCAAAUCCCCUUGUACCUGCCUAUUGAAUGUAUGUCCACCUCUGUGACCAGCUUUAUGUCAAAAAUAAAUAUUGUUGUAAACUGGAAUUAAAAUAAAAGAUUUUUGGACAAAGUCA